AUGAAGAGUGCAUUGACCAAGCGGCAAGCUGAUGAACAACUAUUGGAUAUUUUAGGGCAUACUGCUAUUCAUGGUCAUGACACUGUCCCUGAAAGUACUUGUACUGUUUCAUUUUUGCAUGACAACACUGAUAACGUUUUAGCUACAAAGGAUACAGAGGAGUUGGUUUUAGUGAAUAUGCAUGCAGAAGAAGAUAGUAAUAAUUUAGAUGUCAUUACUAUUUCCGUAAAUUCAAAUAACAGCAAUGAGGAAGAUAGUACUGAAAAAGCAAAUGAAUCUGAUCCGUUUGACCAAUUUAUUGGUACUGUUAAAAAAAGAAGUUUGGAUAACCCUUUUGAAGAGGAUUUACAAAAUACACACAAUAAGUAUACUACCCACAGUCCACAUCUAGUGAUUGUGGCAAACCACAUCUAG